GACGGAUAUAAGAUUGUGUGGGUUCUGGCUAAAGCUUAAUUCCCAGCGCUUUGGCUUCUCUGAGUUGGUAUUGUGUACGGGGGUCUUCGAAUAGUUCCGGAACCAGCCAGCUGCAGCGGCCCAGUAAGGGCCUUUAAUUCUUGGGCCGACCACUGCCGGUUCUGUGUUCUUGGCUAAGAUGAGCAGCCGCCAUACCACCUUUCCUCUUGACCCUGAGCGGCGAGUCCGGAGUACGCUGAAGAAGGUCUUUGGGUUUGACUCUUUUAAGACGCCUUUACAGGAGAGCGCGACCAUGGCUGUAGUAAAAGGUAACAAGGAUGUUUUUGUGUGCAUGCCCACAGGGGCAGGAAAAUCCCUGUGCUAUCAGCUCCCUGCUCUGUUGGCCAAAGGCAUCACCAUUGUAGUCUCUCCUCUCAUUGCUUUGAUUCAGGACCAGGUGGACCACUUGCUAGCCCUAAAGGUACGAGUAAGUUCCCUGAACUCAAAGCUCUCUGCACAGGAAAGGAAGGAGCUGCUUGCUGACCUGGAGCGAGAAAAGCCCCAGACCAAGAUUCUGUACAUCACCCCGGAGAUGGCGGCUUCCUCCUCCUUCCAGCCCAGCCUGAACUCCCUGCUGUCCCGCCACCUGUUGUCUUACUUGGUGGUGGAUGAAGCUCAUUGUGUUUCCCAAUGGGGGCAUGACUUUCGUCCUGACUACUUGCGUCUGGGUGCCCUGCGCUCCCGCCUGGGACAUGCCCCUUGUGUGGCUCUGACUGCCACAGCCACCCCACAGGUCCAAGAGGACGUGUUUGCUGCCCUGCACCUGAAGAAACCAGUUGCCAUCUUCAAGACUCCCUGCUUCCGGGCCAACCUCUUCUAUGAUGUGCAAUUCAAGGAACUCAUUUCUGAUCCCUAUGGGAACCUGAAGGACUUCUGCCUUAAGGCUCUUGGACAGGAGGCUGAUAAAGGGUUGUCUGGCUGCGGCAUUGUCUACUGCAGGACUAGAGAGGCUUGUGAACAGCUGGCCAUAGAGCUCAGCUGCAGGGGUGUGAACGCCAAGGCUUACCAUGCAGGGCUGAAGGCCUCUGAAAGAACGCUGGUGCAGAACGACUGGAUGGAGGAGAAGGUCCCUGUAAUUGUUGCAACCAUUAGUUUUGGGAUGGGAGUGGAUAAAGCCAACGUCAGGUUUGUCACUCAUUGGAAUAUUGCCAAGUCUAUGGCUGGAUACUACCAGGAGUCUGGCCGGGCUGGCAGGGAUGGGAAGCCUUCCUGGUGCCGUCUCUAUUACUCCAGGAAUGACCGGGAUCAAGUCAGCUUCCUGAUCAGGAAGGAAGUAGCAAAACUUCAGGAAAAGAGAGGGAACAAAGCAUCUGAUAAAGCCACUAUCCUGGCCUUUGAUGCCCUGGUGACCUUCUGUGAAGAACUGGGGUGCCGCCAUGCUGCCAUUGCCAAGUACUUCGGGGAUGCGCCGCCUGCCUGCGCCAAAGGCUGCGACCACUGCCAGAACCCCAUGGCCGUGCGGAGGCAGCUGGAGGCCUUGGAGCGCAGCGGCAGUUGGAGCAAGACCUGCAUCGGGCCCUCCCAGGGGAAUGGCUUUGACCCCGAGCUGUAUGAGGGAGGCCGCAAGGGCUACGGGGGCUUCAGCAGGUACGACGAAGGUUCUGGAGGCAGCGGGGAUGAAGGCAGAGAUGAGGCCCACAAGCGGGAGUGGAACCUCUUCUAUCAGAAGCAGAUGCAGCUGCGCAAGGGCAAAGACCCCAAGAUAGAAGAAUUUGUACCCCCAGAUGAGAACUGUCCCCUGAAAGAGGCUUGUAGCAGGAGGAUCCCCAGGCUGACUGUGAAGGCACGGGAACACUGCCUGGGGCUUCUGGAGGAGGCGCUGAGCAGUAACCGCCAGUCCACAUGUACCACUGAUGAAGCUGACCUCCGGGCCAAGGCCGUGGAGCUGGAACAUGAGACAUUCCGUAAUGCUAAGGUGGCCAACCUGUACAAGGCCAGCGUGCUGAAGAAGGUGGCCGAUAUCCACAGAGCCUCCAAGGAUGGGCAGCCCUAUGACGUGGGAGGCAGUGCCAAGAGCUGCAGUGCCCAAGCUGAGCCCUCCGAGCCCAAUGAGUAUGACAUCCCACCCGCCUCCCAUGUGUACUCGCUCAAACCCAAGCGGGUGGGAGCUGGUUUCCCCAAAGGCUCUCGCCCGUUCCAGACGGCCACGGAACUGAUGGAGACGACUCGGAUCAGGGAGCAAGCCCGCCAGCCCAAGCGGGGAGGCGAGCACGAGCCCCCGAGCCGGCCCUGUGGCCUUUUGGAUGAGGAUAGGAGUGAGCCCCUCCCUGGGCCCAGAGGGGAGGUCCCUGGAGGCAGUGCUCACUGUGGGGGGCCCUCCCCUGAGAAGAAGGCAAAAAGUUCCUCUGGGGGCAGUUCCCUUGCCAAGGGCCGGGCUAGCAAGAAACAGCAGCUCCUAGCUGCAGCGGCCCACAAGGAUUCUCAGAGCAUCGCCCGCUUCUUCUGCCGAAGGGUGGAAAGCCCAGUUCCGCUGGCAUCAGCCCCAGAGGCAGAAGGUGCCUGCCCCUCCUGUGAGGGGGUUCAGGGACCGCUGAUGGCCCCAAAGAAAUACACAGGGGAGGAAGAUGGAGCCGGGGGACGUUUGCCUGCCCCUCCCCAGACUGAAGAGUGCCUCAGGGAGAGGCCAAGGCCUCCUAGGAUGAGGGAGCCGCUGGGACCCAGAGCUGUGAUGUCUGCUCUUCCCUCCACCAGCACCUGCCUGCCCAGAGAUCAGGGCACCCCUGAAGUCCAGCCCACCCCUGCAAAGGACACAUGGAAGGGCAAGCGGCCUCCAUCCCAGCAGGAGAACCCAGAGAGCCAGCCUCAGAAGAGAUUGCGCCCCUCAGCCAAGCCCUCCGUCUUAGCCGAGGUCAAGGGCAGCGUCUCGGCCAGGGAUCAGGGCACCUUGAAUCCCAUAGCUCAAGACCCCUGUCAGCUCUCAGCUCCUGGCAUCUCCUUGAAGGAGGCUGCAAAUGUUGUGGUCAAGUGCUUGACCCCUUUCUACAAGGAGGGCAAGUUUGCUUCCAAGGAGUUGUUUAAAGGCUUUGCCCGCCACCUCUCACACUUGCUGACUCAGAAGACCUCUCCUGGAAGGAGCGUGAAAGAAGAGGCUCAGAACCUCAUCAGGCACUUCUUCCAUGGCCGGGCUCGGUGUGAGAGUGAAGCUGACUGGCACAGCCUGUGUGACCCCCAGAGAUGACCAACUGGUGGCUGGGCAAGGCCCGCGUCCUCCACCAGAUUCUAGCAUGGGCCAGCCUGGGCCUCGCCUGCUGAUGCCAGUGCCAUCGUCUUUUCUCAGUCCUUCUCCCUUCCAACCAUACUUGGCUUUGGGGAUGACCCCAGACACCCCCUGAAUCCAGGUCAGAGGUCAGCCCACCUUUCUUUCUGCUUGCAAAGCCUAUAGACCCUUCUCAGAGCCUCCCUGCCUCUCCUGGCCCUCAUGGCUGGGUUUUUUAGGGCACACGUCCAGGACAAGGUGGAGGAUGGUGGAGCUGCUGCCAGAAGGCGGCGAAGGAAGAGUGGCCCCUCCCUGAGUUUUAAGUCAGGACAAGGCCCACCUGUCCAAGGUAUUGGGACCUAUUCAGGGGAACCUCAGGUCCUCCACCCACUCCCCAUCCAUUACGAUGCCAGCUUCCAGCCUUGCCCAGGUCAGAGCUGUGCAAGGAGAGCUCUGCACAGCUCUUUGCAGCCAGGCCCCGUUUCUGCUCAGCUCCUGCUCAGGAAGGCCAGGCCUGACGAGGUGUUUGGGAGAGGAAUAAAGUUGUGUGGUGGCGCAUGCACUCGUGCACACAGCCCUUUUC